UUCUCCAGCCCAACUAUCUUUACUCGCCGACUGCUACACGUUGUUACAUCAUCGACGCACACAUUAGACAUCUUCAAUGUCUAUACCGAGGAACCUACGCCUGUGCCCAAUCGGGCUAGCGCUGCUAUUACUCCGCAAUCCUCAGUCUUCUUACCCCACGUUGAGCUUACGCCAACCCGCUCGUUGCUCAACUCUAUCAUCAUCGCUCUCGUAUAUCCGCAAUUCUUUUCCGGAUGGCUAGCUAAUGACUUUCCAAUCACAUCUCGCGUACAGCAAACUUCUUGUAUAUCCAAAGUUUGUACAUUCACACCCACCAUUGUUACUUUCACAGUUCAUCGUAUCAUCUGUGUACAUAUGUACCUCGAUAAUAGUCAUCACAUUAUUAUAUAGCUGUACGCCGCUAUAUCCAAUCCAAGUAACGAUGCCGAGCACUUUUGAGAUCGGAAUACCUCUUACAUCACCAAUCGUCCCGUAUCUUGAGGCCUAACGGGUCCACCCGGAGUGGAAAAAUUCUUGACCGGACGAACACCAGGUUUCCCACCAUCAAUGCCCACUUUUCAGCUCCCGCAUCGCCUUUGUUGCCCAAGACUAACCGUCAUCAUGGCAAGGCCAAGCGAUAUCGAACAGCUGUGCCCCGCCCUCACACCUCACCCACCUGCCUCAUUCAGCCUCGAGCUCCCUGUCUUCUGGAAGCUAUGCCUGUUCUCUAUUGCUUGUCCUUCACCUUGGGAGCCGCAAAGGCGCCUUAGCUAUCACCACCCAUGCCAUUGACGUUAUCCCGCUUUGAUCCCACUCGCUAUUCGUUGCUGCUUGCUUUCUGCUUAAAUCUCAACCUAUGCCCCGCUGCUGCCUAUCGCCUGCUAUCCUUUCCGGAGCAUCCUCAUUCCCCUUGAUUGUGCCAUGAAGUCUAUUCUCGUUCUGUUGGGUGCAAUUGGCGCUCAGGCGUGUCAGCGUGAUUUGAAUCUUGCUCACGGGCAUCGUCAUGUCAAGAGACAAGACACUACCGCCGCUUUCCCUCCAGCUCUCGAUGCCAAUGAGCAAAUCUUGAUCAAUUCUUUCGACAACACCUCCAUCUCAGAAUGGUCAUACUACUACACUCAUGGCAAUCAUAUUGCUGGUCUGAACAAGACAAUGGCUCAAUGGACAGCUGACAAGUGGACUGAAUAUGGGUUCGCGUCUCGACUAGACGAGUACUAUGUCUUUCUCAACUACCCGGUAUCCCACUCGCUCUCAUUGACUUAUGCGAAUGGCUCCGUUCAUACUGCUUCGCUCACCGAAGACGUACUGGAGGAAGAUGACACAUCGAGCUACCCUGACCGCAUCCCUACUUUCCACGGCUACUCUUUUACCGGCAAUGCAUCAGCCGAAUACGUCUACGUAGGCCGUGGACAACAGGUCGACUUCAACCGCCUAGAGGCUCUGGGUGUCGAGCUCGAGGGCAAGAUUGCCUUGGCCAAAUACGGUGGACCCUUCCGAGGUCUCAAAGUUAAGAAUGCCCAGGAGCACGGCAUGAUCGGCGCUGUUCUCUUCGUCGAUCCCGCUGAUGAUGGUAAUAUGACCGAAGCCAAGGGCAUCGAGGCUUACCCUAAUGGGCCCGCUAGGAACCCUUCCUCUGUGCAAAGAGGUAGUGUUCAGUUCCUUAGUAUUUAUCCCGGAGACCCCACGACGCCAGGCUAUACUUCAAAGCAUGACUCGCCUCGGGCAGAUAAGAGUGGGAGUGUUCCUCAUAUCCCAUCUAUACCCAUCUCAUGGGUUGAUGCACAGCCUCUCCUUCAAGCCUUGAACGGAUACGGUACAAAUGGCACUGAUGUUAACCGCACCGGAUGGGUUGGAGCAAUUCCAGGUGCCACGUACAGCACAGGAGUGGGUUCGGGAGCUCGUCUUUCGAUGUCCAACAUCAUGAACGACACCUACAACCCAAUCUGGAAUGCGGUCGGUAUUAUCAACGGAACUAACGAAGAUGAGGUUCUCGUUAUUGGAAACCACCGUGAUGCAUGGAUUGUGGGUGGCGCUGCGGAUCCAAACUCUGGAAGUGCGGUUUUGAUCGAGCUUGCUAAAGCUUUCUCCGCUUUGUCUGAGACUGGAUGGAAGCCCCUGCGAACAAUCGUUCUUGCUUCAUGGGACGCAGAAGAGUACGGACUAGUCGGGAGCACUGAGUGGGUCGAAGAAUAUAUCCCCUGGCUUAAGACAGCUGCAAUCAGUUACCUGAACAUCGAUGUGGCUGUUUCCGGUCCGAUUCCCGACUUCUCAGCGACGCCCGACCUCCACCGAAUUGCAACCUCCACCAUGAAGAAAGUAGUCUACCCCUUCCACGGGGCAACCAACAACACGCUCUACGACGUCUGGACCAGCAUCAGCGGUGGUGAAAUCGGUGUCCUCGGCAGCGGAAGCGACUACACAGCCUUCCUACACCGCGGAAUCGCAGCCAUAGACAUGGGCGCUGGACCGGGCCCCAACGAUCCAGUAUACCACUACCACAGCAACUACGACUCCUACCACUGGAUGUCCACAUUCGGCGAUCCAGGAUUCCACACCCACAAAGCAUUCGGCCAGUACCUCACUCUCCUCGCCUACCACAUGUCCACCGAUCCCGUCCUCCCCCUCGAACCAGAAGACUACGUCCCAGAACUCCGAACCUACUUCUCAGACCUCGAGGAAACACUCGCCUCCUACGAACCCCCCGCCGCCUCAAACUCCACAACCUCCUCACCAACGACUCUCGACCUCUCCGCCCUAGAAUCCGCAAUCUCUACAUUCGCGACCGCCGCAGAGGAAUUCUCCGCGCUCCGCGCGCAAGCGAUUGCUUCCAACGAUACCGCACUGCUCACCGUGACCAACCACAAAGCGCGCGACUUCUCGCGCGGCUUCACCUCGCAAGGGGGCUUGCCUGGCCGCGAGUUUUUUCAAAACCUGCUGUUUGCGCCGGGUUUGGAUACCGGGUAUGCGCCUGUUACUUAUCCGGCUAUCACGGAGAGUGUGACGUUUGCGGAUGAUUUCGACAGGGCGCAGCUUUGGGUUGGGAAGACUGCGCAGGCGAUUUUGGUUGCCGCGGGCAUGUUGAGGACGUAGCGUUGUUUUUUUCUUUGCGGUCACCCCUGGGUGGUGGGGGUGGUUUUGAUGAUUGAUGGGUACUACGAUCAAAUGUGUAUUUAGGUUUAAUGUUUUGAAUGAUAAUAUGUGUGGUUUGUGUGAGAAGAGUACGGGCUGGGAUUGUGAUAUCUGCCGUUU